AUGGCUACCUAUACCGUACCUCUCCUAAUCGACGGUGUCGCACUUGAGACCGAAGAGACAUUCUCUGUUCUUGAUCCUAACGAUGGAAGUGAGCUAUGGAAGGCGUUUGGCGCCUCUGCAGUCGAAGCCCGGAAGGCCGCCGCCGCAGCGCAAGCAGCAUUCCCCGUUUGGUCAGGCCUUAACUAUCUGGAGCGUCGAAACCUUUUGAAUAAGGCAGCCGACCAGAUGGCCGAAUGCCUCGACCAAAUUAAGAACUACGCUACUUUAGAAACAGCAGCCGGUGGCCAAUGGACCGCAUUCGAUUGCGAGAACGCCGUCCAGGUACUCCGGGAAGUUGCUUGUCGACAAUCAACGAUCCAGGGUAAUUUGCCCCCUUUGCUGGACACACAGUCCACCGCCCUCGUUGAACAUGUACCAUAUGGCGUGGUUCUUGGUAUUGCACCCUGGAACGCGGCUGCCUUUCUAGGGGUACGUGCCAUUGCCUUUGCAUUGGCUGCUGGUAACACAGUGGUGCUCAAAGCCUCAGAGCUUUGCCCGCAAACACAUUUUCUUCUGGGUGAUUGCUUCCGCAAGGCGGGAUUCCCACCAGGUGUUGUCAAUGUCCUGGCACACAGUCCUGAGAAAGGACCAGAGGUAAUCGGCGCCCUAAUCAAACAUCCGGCUGUGACGAAGAUCAACUUCACUGGGUCGACCGCAGUCGGUCGCAUUAUAGCUGGUUUGGCCGCCCAGGAGCUGAAGCCGGUCCUUCUGGAACUUGGAGGCAAAGCGCCUUUGAUUGUGCUGGAUGAUGCAGAUCUCGAAGGUGCGGCUACCGCUACCGCUAGAGGAGCGAAUCUCCAUGCUGGCCAGAUCUGCAUGGCGACGGAGCGGGUCAUCGUGCUAGAGUCGGUUGCCGCUCGGUUCGAGGCAAUCCUCAAGCAGACCUACGCCAAAAUAUACCCUCCUGGCAUCAAGCAUCAGGCUGCUGUGCGACCGUCCGGUGCAAGAAAGGUUCGUGAACUCAUUCAAGACGCAGUGGAUAACGGCGCCGCUAUUGUGGCCGGGUCGUCUGGAUUCGCGGAUUCUGCCAACCGGUCUGUGACGCCUAUUGUCUUACAGAAUGUUCAGCAGUCACGACUGUAUCGUGAGGAGUCGUUUGGACCGGCGUUGGCAUUUAUCGUGGUCCCAACGGUAGAGGAGGCGAUCGCAGUGGCCAACGACACCGAAUACGGGCUCUCUGCGGCAAUGUGGGGAAGCCUGCCCAAAGCCCUGGCAGUUGCCAGGAAAAUUCACAGCAGGUGA